AUGGACGCGAACGCGUCGAUGGAGGACCCGGACGUGGAGAGCGAUGAAGCGUUCGUGGAUUUGAACUCGGCGGAGUACGAGGAGAUGGCGGACCUGGACGAGGACGACGAGGCGCCGAUGUCGUCGGACGACGAGGAGGAUGUGACGGCGGCGGAUGACGCGGAGGACCGGGACGAGUGCGGGACGGAGACGGUGACGCCGGAUCGAGACGAUGCGGAGUUGGUGAUCGAUGCGCACGCGGCGUCGGUGUUCUGCGUCGCGUGGUCGUCGUUGACGGAUGAAGCGACGGUGGCGACGGGUGGUGGGGACGAUAAGGGGUACCUGAGACGAGGCGCGGCGAGCGUCCCGCUCGGCGGGCACGAAGAGAGCGUGUCGGCGUGCGCGUUCAGCGGAGACGGGGGAUUGCUCGCCACCGGUGGGCUCGAGGGACGGGUGUGCGUGCACGAUGGGAAGAGUGGUGAACUACUGAGAUCGCUGGACGGUCCAGGUGGUGGGAUCGAUUGGUUGUCUUGGCAUCCGCGCGGACGCGUCGUGCUCGCCGGGAGCGAGGACUUCACCGCUUGGAUGUGGAACGGGGACGACGGGGCCCUCAUGCAGGUGUUCACGGGGCACAGCGAGCGUGUGUCGUGCGGUGGAUUUACGCCAGACGGGAAGCAAGUCGUCACCGGUUCUUACGACGGCUCGCUUCGCGUUUGGCAACCGCGCACUGGGCACUGCGAGCACGUUUUCCGCGGGCAUCCUUUUCACGACGGUCCGCUCACGUGCGUCGCGUUCCACCCCACGAAUCAAGGACUGAGCAUCACUGGGAGCGAAGAUAAUACCGCACGUUUAGUGAACAUCGGCAAUGGGAAGGUUUUGGCCCCGCUCGCCGCGCACACGGAGACCAUUGAGGCGGUUGGAUUUUGCGAUGUCAUGCCGCUCGCCGCGACGGGCUCCAUCGACAAACUCGCCAUCAUCUGGGACACUAACACGUGCCAAUCCCGGGGAUCUCUCGCGCACGAUGGUGCGGUGAGUCAAUUAAAGUGGAUCCCGAACACGAUGAUGCUCUAUAGCUCCUCCGUCGACGGCGCCGUCCGCCUCUGGGACGCUCGCUCCAACACCUGCGUCCGCGACGCCCGCGGACACGUCAAGGGAAUCCUCGACUUCGCUUUGAGCCCCGAUCACGCGCGCGUGAUCACCGCGAGCGAUGAUUGCACCGCGCGUGUCUUUAACUUUCAAUAA